UUGAAGGAAGUCAAUUGGCCUCUAACUUCAGCUUCAAACUUACUUGGGGACACUCCUCACAAUCCUCACCCUCAUGUGCACCAGGGAUUUCAUUCGCUCUACACAUCGUCAAACCCAAAAUCACAGUACAACAAAUUCAGUGCUAGAGAUCAGGUACUGCGUGCAGUGAGAAAAUUGGUAGAUAAAUACAAAGAUGAGGAAAUGAGUAUAACGAUAACAGGUCAUAGCUUGGGUUCAGCACUUGCGACAUUGAAUGCAGUAGACAUAGUUUCGGGAGGAUAUAAUAAGCCCACGGGAUCGGAUAAAGCAUGCAUGGUCACAGCUUUCGUGUUUGCGAGCCCCAAGGUGGGAGACAAAGGCUUCAAGACUGCAUUCAACAAACUCAGCAAUCGUCAUCUCUUGCACAUUAGAAACAUCAACGACAUAGUUCCUAAAUUGCCUUUUAUUUUCUACUUUAAAGUGGGAAAGCAGCUAAAAUUUGACACUACUAAGUCAACGUACGUAAAAGCUGAUAAUGCUAAGGCAAUAGGUGCUUUGCAUAAUUUAGAGAAUUAUCUUCAUGGAAUUGCAGGGACGAUGUCAGAAGGGAGUGGUAAAUUUGAACUGAUUGUUAAACGUAAUAUUGCACUCGUGAACAAAGGAGCAGAUCUUUUGAAGAGUGAAUUUGGUGUACCACCUUCCUAUGAUGAACAAAAGAAUGGUUCAACAGAAUGAUGGCUCCUGGAAGUUGGAGUAUUAUGUUCCAGAGUGUCCUAGUUCCAGAGUAUUAUGUUAUAUUUAUAGAAGAAAUAGGUCGAUUUUAGAAUUGCAAAUAUGGCUACAAUGACAUGCGUCCUCCUGAAAUUUGGACAUAAAUUGGACAUUGUAACUAAAUAUAUGAUGCAAGUUGGUUUUCUAUUACAGUUUGUGAGUACAGUUAUCAUGUAAAUAAAUCAAGGGCCAAUUUAUCGAUUUAUCGAUACAUUA